AUUUUCAGCUCUACAUUUGCAACAAUGGCCAAAACAUAAAUUGGCUGUUGAAGCCGUGUACCACGACGACAAAACAUGUUAUUGUCAGUUUCAAAUGGCACUGAUCAAAAUCCGCAGGAUUUAAAUGAUUUGCAAUGGAACGCCUUCCACGCUUUCCUAUUGCUUCUUAUCAUCCUCGUGGUUUUUGGAAACACAAUGGUUAUAUUCGCAGUCGCCGUGGACAGAAAACUCCGUUCAGUCACCACUAACAAGUUUAUUGCUUCUUUGGCAGUUUCUGAUCUCCUUGUUGGUUUAAUCGUCAUGCCACUUUCAUUGUAUUACAAAAUGCACAAUGAUCAUUGGACUUUGGGUUACACCUGGUGCCAGUUUCAUUUGGUUUCAGGUGUUUUCUCAACGACAGCAAGUAUUGUACAUUUGGUAGCAAUUAGUUUGGAUCGAUAUUUUGCAAUAAUGUUUCCAACUGAAUAUCAAAGGCAUUCGGUCUCAACAUCAACCGUUCCGUAUGUUGUUAUGAUAUGGCUGAUGGCUUUGGCAGUCAGUUCAACACUUUUUAUGGAACAACGUGAUUCUUUUGAUGGAAUCUGUUGGAUCAGCAAUCCACAAUAUAUAGUAUUAUCUUCAUUUUUAUCAUUCUUCCUUCCUGGAGCAAUUGUAGUAUACCUGUACAUGAAAAUCUUCAAGAAGCUUCGAAAUCAUCAGCUUUACAUGUUUGGACAGCUGACGCAUCGAGGUGGAGAACGAGAACGUCGGCACUCUCUCCCACGUGUGAUUAUUGAAGAAGUGAGGUCACGUCGUGGCUCAAGAAUGUCACAAACAGGAUCACAGUCUGGAAGUCCCACGCGACGGCAGAGUGGCGGAAGCAAGGAGCGAUCUCCGAGCCAGCCGGACAUCCAUAUUGUGGCGAAGCCUCAACAGAGAUGGCGAUCUCCAACAAUCUGUGCAGAAACCUUGGCUCAUGAUAGACUACUUGCUGCAAAGAAAAGGGUUUCAAUUGUACCGGAUCCUCCAUCCAUGGAUGUUUCUGUAAACAUGGCAUCAAUUGAUCAGAUGAAAGAUGAACAUCAUCAUAAUCUAAUGAGAGAAGAAGAGUUGUUAGGUUGUGAAGCUGGUAGAAGGAAACAAAGCGAGGAAGAAGUUAGAAAAUUAAGUGAUGAGAGAAAGAGAGUGAUUUAUGAAAGAAGGCGUUCGAGUACCUCUGAGAAUCCAAAUGGCAUUCCGAUUAUGCAAGCAUUUCAAAAGGCUUAUCAAGAAGUUCGAGCCGGAAGAAGACGCUCUACGAUUCAUGAUACAUAUCACUUCCCAUCUCUCACAACAGUGAACGAGCCAGCUACACCACCGCCAGGAGAAGAUUGCGAGGAAAAAGAAAAGGAUAGCGAUGGAACAUCAAUAAUGCACAAAUUAUCGAGUGGUUCCAGUAUUGCUGAGACAGUAAUUGCCAUGCUACCAAAGACCUCGACACUAUCAAAAACUGAUUCUCAUGAGUCCUCGGUUUCCACAGAAGCUAGUCAGAAGCCACUUCUUGGACCACCAACACAUCAUUACACCAAGAAAUCGCAGACACAGAAAGAGCCAAGAUAUUCUCCAUCAAUACCUGCACCAACUUUCCUUAUGGUACCUGCAAUGAUGGCUGUAAAUACUCCACCAGCAACCCCGAACACAAAGGAGGCUCCAACGAACUGCACUUCUCUUUUGCAAGUUCCGCGACUUUUCGACUGUCCAUCGCCGUGCAGUGUUCCAAGUAACAGCAGUCACUCUUCUUAUACAUCAGCAAGUGGAUCAAGUGAUACGUAUCGAAGAAUUUCUAUGAACAGUUAUGGUAGCAGUUUGACUGAUGGCACUGAGUCAACGUUUGAGUGUGACUCAAGAAGAUCUUCGGCAUGGUCGACCAUUCGUGCGGCUGUAUUUGAUAGACAACAAAUGAGAGGAGGAAAAGCAAGCGUUGAUAUAACUGUAGAUCGAACUGGAUCCCCACAAAAGAAAAUGUCAACAAUCAGUAGAGGAAAGCUGAGAAGAAUUGCAACUCAGGUGACAAGAGCAAUUAGAAGGAAAAGAAGAGAAUCCAUGGCAAUUCGGCGGGAGUCAAGGGCGACGAGAGUUGUAGCUGCUAUUCUUAUUGCGUUCCUGAUCUGCUGGAUUCCGUACUUCUGCAUUUCAAUUUUCCGUGGCGUCUUGAUGGGAUUCCAAAUUAACAUCAACACACCAAUUCAUCUGACGCUGUUUGUCUACACUUCUUGGCUUGGAUAUGCCCACUCGUGUUUCAAUCCGCUCAUCUACAUGUGUCUUAAUAAGAACUUCCGAAAUACAAUGAGAAAAAUGAUGCAAAAGACGAACAGAGCAAAAAUGGCUGAACAGGAAGGAUGAACUAACACUUCCUUUUGCUUCGUAUCGAAGUUUACUGAUCUCAAUUUUUGUUUUUAAACGCUAAAUUUGCCGAUUUUAAAAUACUGGUAUGGUCUAAAAUAAUGUUUUUUUUUCUGGUUUCGACGGGAGCUUUAUUUGAAAAUAAAUUAUUUCUUGUUUGCAAUGAGA